ACAGGGCUUGGAUCAUUCUGCCUUCCAAGAGGAAUGGCUGUUAUCACAUAAUUGCCAUCCCUGAGCAUGCCAGGCCUGGUUAGAGACGCCUGUCAGCAUUAACAGGCUGCCUGGCAAGUUCUUUAGGUCUGCAGGCCACUGCUAUGGGAAAACACCUCCCUGUGAAUGUCUCCUGCUCUUCCCUCCUGACCCCAUCUAUGGAAACUCUUUCUGAUGCUGGUGUUCCUCAGAGGUGCAGUGUCCCAGCCCGGAUAUCCAACACGGGAGGGAAAUCAGUCCUAGGAAAGAUGAAUACACCUUUGGGCAGCAGGUGGAACUUCAGUGCGAGCAUGGCUACGUGCUGAGGGGCAGCCAGAGGAUCCAGUGCUGGUCUGAUGGGACUUGGAGACCCCCUGUGCCAUAUUGCGACAAAGCCUGUGGUCCCCCUCCAAAACUCACCAAUGGGCAGCACUCCAGCUUGAAAACGGAGCUGUUCCUCUACGGCUCAGAAGUGAAGUACAGAUGUGUGGAGGGUAUGUCCCUCAUUGGGGACGACUCCAUCUACUGCACCUCUGAUGAUGGGGUGAGCUUGGCAUGGAGCAAACCUGCCCCGGAGUGCAGGGUGGUCCGGUGCCCCAGGCCCGUGGUCGAGAGGGGCAGGAUGGCUCCAGAGAGAUUCACGUUUCCCUAUGGAGCAGUCGUGCGCUUCUCCUGCGACGAAGGCUUCGUGCUGCGUGGUGAUGCCGAGAGCCGGUGCCUGGCUGACAGCACCUGGCACCCUCCUCUGCCCUCCUGCCAGCCCGUUCUGUGUCCACAACCACACGUGGCCAAUGGAAGGCUGAAUAGCACUUUGGAUGGUAAAAUGUGGUACCAAACAAAUGAGACUGUUACAUUUGAAUGCUUCCAGGGAUACCACCUUUCAGACAUGUCUUCGACAGCCACAUGCUUGCCUGAUGGCAACUGGACACCAUUGCCCAAGUGUAAGAAGGAUGGUGAUGCUGAUGUAUGCGAAGAGGUUCGUUACAUUAAAGCAGCCUUCGAAUGCGGUGUGCCUAUAGCAGAAGUGAAAAUUCUGCUGGAAAUACAAAAGCUGUUGCUGGAGGUUAAAAAACUAAAUGUGGAACUAGAAAACCUGAACAACUGAGUCCAAAAACGCACUGUAAAGAUCCCCUUUCAUUUGAUGAACACGCAGUUUAUUUAGCCACGGUAUCUAUAAGGAGAUUAUCAGCAGCUUUAUGGUUUGUGCUUGUAUGCCUAUAGCCAGACAAGUAAUAAGCAGUGCAUAGGAGGCUGCUUUUGCUGCGCUAGAUGCUGGAGCCCAGAGGGGUUUUUGCUCUUUUCCUUAAACCUGACAAGUCUGUUUUGCCGGGUAACAAGUGCGCUGUGUCACAUCUUCUAUCAGGAAGUGUAGUAAGAAAGUAAACGGAGCUCUGAGUCACUGCCAAGCCAAGAGGAGGGGGACUGAAGUCCACAGGAGUAAACUUCCAGCUGAGAUGAGUGGUUCUCUUUGAAGGUGUUUGUGCACAUACGCCUCACCCUCUGCCUGCGCUGCGCUCAGCCUCUCACAGCACAGCACUCUCCUGCUAUCUAGAAACAGCAAUGCAGUGAGUGUUGAACUACGUAAUUUCCUGUUAAUCUAGCUCAUGACUUCUAUACAUCUAGUUAAGGGUGACUACACAGAAGUGCUUCUGUAAAGGCUUCUGCUUGCUAACCCCUGGAUUUAAGAGCAAGAGGUUUCUGAUCCAGCACUGGGCUCAGAUACCUCUGUUGGCGUCGUGUUCAACAUCCUUAUUUCUGGCAAGCAAAUGCUGAGAAUAGAUAUUGUAACUUGAUGUGCAGAGAAUCAGAACCCAAAGCUUGUUCGCAUUACUCAGUAAAUGAUGAUUUACAGUU